CGCGAUGCUCGCGCUUUGAGUCGCCAUGGCCCUUCGGCUAGCCUUCACAAGGCGUCACUUGCUCCGUGGCCGUCGAGUUACAGGCAGGCAUCAGGCUGCGAUCGGAGCCCGUUCGCGGAGCUUCUCCGACUUCAUCACAGCCUCGGAUGAAGGACUCGGCCGACUCAAGUUGUCCUUUGCAGCUGCUUGCCUCCCUCACCCUGACAAGGUGGACAAAGGUGGUGAAGAUGGAUACUUCGCGUGUCCAUCGAGUCGCUCCUUUGGAGUGGCCGAUGGUGUCGGAGGUUGGGCAGACAGUGGCGUAGACCCCGGGCUGUUUGCUCGGCGGCUCAUGCGCCUCUGCCUUGAGGGCAUCGGGGAUGAUGAAAGCGACCUCCAAGAGGCGCUCUUGAAGGCGACCCAACGGAUUCUAAAGGAAAAAUUGGAAGGGGGUUCAACAGCGCUGUUGGGGCAGCUCAACGGCACAACAAUGGCCAUUUUGAACUUGGGCGACUCAGGCGCCAUGCUCCUCCGCCCAGCGCUGCGAACGCCUCCGGGCUCCGAUCAGCCGCUGCUGUUUCCGCGCGUGGUCUUCAGAUCGUGUGACCAGACGCACUACUUCAAUUGCCCCUACCAGUUGGGCAGUGGCAAUGCUCCUGUAGAGGCUCCAGAUUUUAUCCGAGUGCGUGUGCGGACUGGAGAUCUGGUGGUGGCAGCCACUGAUGGAGUCUUUGACAAUCUUUUUGAUCACCAGGUGCAAGCGAUUGUGGCACAGCAACUGGGGAAAGCCUGGAGUAAAGGAGCCCCGGUGACUCCGCAUUUGAGUGGUUUGGCAACCAGUAUCGCCAAACAGGCUCAAAGAAUUGGGCAGCAAGAGGACCACAAGGACAUCAUUACGCCCUUUGCGUUGGCUGCGCAUUCCGAGGGCCUCUCCUUCAGGGGUGGAAAGUUAGAUGAUACCACUGUGGUGGUGGGAUUGGUUUGUAAUGACUCAGAUGCAGGAGAUUCUACGCUUCUGCACAACUUCUGACAGCGAAGUGACGGAAGUGACAUGUAUCACCCGGAUGGGACAAAAAUUUAAACUCUAAAGCGGCCGAUUGGCUGGUUGUCUCAAGAUUUGUUUUAUCCAUCUUGACCAAAUAAGCUCGCUUCAUUCACAAUGCUCAAAAGGAAAACAAA